AUGGCUGCUGUCGCAACCUGCAAGCCGGUCUCCAACCUCGCCGUCGCCUUUGCGAACCGGUCGGCCGCUGCGAACAUACCCAUACCACGGGAUGGUGGACUCGCCACCUCCAUGCCGACGCCUCCAAGCUCGAUAUCGCCGACUUUGCCGGCGCAGAAGGGCAGGCCUGGUUUGCCAGGCGCGGUGAGGUCGCCUUCGCCGCUGUCUAGGGACAUGGACAUCGACCUCGACGAUGCACUCGAACACGCUGCGGCGCAAGAUCUGCCUGCUCCUGCGCUCUCCAAGGAGGCGCUCGCGGGCUUAGACGCGACGCGUCAAAUAACGCCCAUCAUGCUGGCCAAACACCAACUGCCUGGGAUCAUUCUGGGCCACGGCGCCAUGCCGAUUCGCGAGAUGAUGGCCCAUCUCACCCAUUCCGUCCCCGGCUUCUCAGGCCUCCCUCCUUCCAAGGCACGGAGGCUGGUCGUUGCUGCGCUGGAACAUCGCGCUGGCGGCGGACUUCACGGCGAAGUCAAAUUUGAGAAGGUCGGUUGGGGACGAUGGAGCGUAGCAGGACACUCGUCGCAGGCGAACCGGGGAGUCCCUAUCGGCGCGCAUGGCGCGUCUCACAACGGCAUGACUCCCCCUGCCAGCUUGGACAGUCAGGCUGGCCUCCACAUACCCAAGAACUUGCGUCACGGACGCGACGAAUUUGUCGGGAGCUGGGCUGCUGGCUCCCCUGACAGCCGCGAUGAAGACAUGGCGGAUCAGAUGUCCCUCGACGGCUCAGAGUCUAGCGAGUCUGACACGUCAGACAUGGAUCUUGGCAACGACAUGGACGACGAGACGGACGAAGAAGAUUGGUCAGCUGUUGGGCCUGAGGCUCUUCGUCAGAAGCGCCAGCCUACUCGCCCGGUCUAUCGCGACUACAACUACCUCUCCCGAACCUUCCGUUCCACUUCGGCGCAAUCUGUGCCGCCUUCGCAUGCUGCGAGGACACCUACUCCGGCCUUUAAUUCUUGUUCUUACACUGCAUCCCGCGGAAACGCGGGCACUCUUCCUGCAUCUACUGGCGCUAUGGGGCCCCGAGGCCAACUCGCCGAGCGCGAGGCUAUCGAGGCAUUGAUUGCCAUGGGCUCUAUGUAG